UUCCGCUAGUUCCUUACCUUUUACUCGUCUGUGGCACAACAUACGCAAAAUUGUGUCAAGUUGCCAAGAAAAAAAAAAUUGACAUUUUAGAUCGUUUUCUUUGAAGACUUUGAACCAACUUUUGUCUGUUUUGUUUUGACAAAAACUUGAACACAUGCUUGCGAAAAAGUUUAUAAAAGCACUUAAAAGUUUCUUUUCGUUAGUAUAAACGCAAAAGAGCCCUUUUUGUAACACAUUCUCGUUAAUUUACUAGAGUAACAUGAUAUCUCAAGAGUACGAAAGUUUGGACGAAGAAGUAAAAGAGCUUUUACAACAUUACAAACUUAAAAUGACUACAGCAUAUGAGCCGUGUAAUGAGAAAAACUUUAAGGAAUGUCUCAUCGGACUACACGAGGAAAUGAACCUAUUGAAUGUAAAUUAUAUAUUCAACCCUUACACUGAUGUGAAAGAAGAUACUUUGCAACCAGAAGCUUUAACAAAUUUAAUAAACGCCACAUGGACACUACUGCAACAUCAUAAAAACGCUACAGAAAAAUUAAAAAGUGUAAAAGAACAGAAUCACAUACUAGAUCACAGCAACAGACAAUUUACUGGUAUAGUAAAGAGUAUGAAAGAUAAGUUAAAUUCAGAGAAGAAUGAGGCUCGAGCUUGUGUUGCAACAGCUCAAAGAAUAUCCGACCAAUCUAACAAUGUGUACCAAAAAUAUAUGGAGACAAAAACAAAACUUAAUCAACUAACAAAACAAAAGGAAACAAACGAGAAGAGCUUACAAAAUAAAAUAGCGCGACUGAAACUUGAAAAUGACAAAUUACAAGAUAAAUUAAGGAAUAAAUCUGGUAACUUCACGUCAUGCGCAGAUGUGUGUGAGUUUACACUGUCACAGCUAAAAGAUAGGGAGAGAAAACACAAAGCAAUGAUAGUAAAAUUACAAACCAGCAACCAGGAACUAUUGAGAGAACUCUUAAAUCUAAAAGAAUCACUUAUUUUGACUGGAAUUGAUGAUCUCAAUUUGAAUCAUUAGUUGUUUUUUGUUUUAAUUGAUUACCACAACAGUAUUGAUUUAAUAAUAAUUGUUUUGUAUGUUCAGUAGUUUAUAAGUUUGACUUUUAAUAAGAAUCAUAAAAAAAUCCUUAAAAAUA